GGCCGCUGUUUUGAAAUCGGGGUGCCGGAGUCUUACAAGCCCGUCCACGCUGAGGCCCGCAGCUGCCCACGCCGGGCUGACCCACUGACGCUUCCUCCCUGGCCCUGCCGGCCAGAGGCCGCAGCCGCGGCAUGUCCACCCCUCCGUUGGCGGCGUCGGGCAUGGCGCCCGGCCCCUUCGCCGGGCCGCAGGCUCAGCAGGCCGCCCGGGAGGUCAACACAGCCUCGCUCUGCCGGAUCGGGCAGGAGACGGUCCAGGACAUCGUGUACCGCACCAUGGAGAUCUUCCAGCUCCUGAGGAACAUGCAGCUGCCAAAUGGUGUCACUUACCAUACUGGAACAUAUCAAGAUCGGUUAGCAAAGCUACAGGAUCAUCUUCGCCAGCUUUCUAUUCUCUUCAGGAAGCUGAGAUUGGUCUACGACAAAUGCAAUGAAAACUGCGGAGGAAUGGAUCCCAUUCCAGUAGAGCAACUUAUUCCGUAUGUGGAAGAAGAUGGCUCAAAGAAUGAUGAUCGGGCUGGCCCACCUCGUUUUGCUAGUGAAGAGAGGCGAGAAAUUGCUGAAGUAAAUAAAACAUUUGCCACAUAGGAUUUGAAGAAAGGAUGCCUAAAAAGUUUAUGAACCGUGGCCUAGUAGAAACUCAGAUAUAGAGAUACAGAGACACAUGCCGUCUGCAUUCAGAGCAUCCAGCACAUCUUAGUUGUGAAGAAGAUCACACUGGGGACUGUGUCAUUUUGUCUUCAGUUUUCAGAAUUAGAAUUUGGUUGGACUUCAUGCUGGGGGCAAAAAGCGACAUCUGCCACAUUUUUGAAAGGCCAGUUGCAUCGGGCAAUGUAUUUUUAUUAUAGUUUGUUUUCUGUACUGACAGUUCAUGUUCUUUGCCUACCAAUAACCAUUGUAGAAUGCUUACUUAUAUGCAGGCACAGUUCCAACACUUUACAGAAUCAAAUCAUUUACUCCUUGUAAUAACCCUUAGGAGGUAGAUUCAAUUAUCCCCAUUUUUCUGAUGUGGAAACUGAGGCGUAGAGAGGUGAAGUAAUUUGGCCAGCAGCCUAUAUUUAGUUAGUGAAAGAGCUGAGUAUAAACCCAGAGAGCCUGGCUCAGGAGGUUGUGCUCUUGGCCAUUAUGUUAUGCUGCCUCUUGGAAAACCUAUAUACUUAGGUUUUAUAACAACGGACAGUUUGACUUAUUUUCUUUGAUGGGGAAAGUGGAGGAGUACAGGCAGGCAGGGCUGGAGCCACAGGCUUCUGUGGGCUGAAUUAGAAGUCAGUAUGCCUUUCAGUGAAUAUUUGUGGCCAGAAAAAGAUUGAGACCUUCUGCCUUAAGGAAAUAUUUAGCUUAAUUUCUGUCUGGACCAUUAGAGUCCUAACUUAUGACAUUUUAAUCUUCUAACUUCAUGGUCUAUAUUUCAUGAAACAUUUUUGAUAAAU